GACCUACUGAUCAGUAUGGCUCCGUGAGAAUUGGGGAGGAAUGGGGAAAGCACCUCAUUCCAAUUCAUUUUAACCUGAACUCUUGUGACUUGUAUCGAGGUGUGUGGGUUGACUUUUAACUAUUUGGGAGACCUGCGCUCAUUUUUGUACUUUUGGCAGGCAACCAGAGAUUAGGAUUCACACAUGAGGUAGUAUGACAUCAAAAAGCAAGAAGCGUGUCAUUCUGCCCACUCGACCAGAGCCUCCCACAAUCGAACAAAUUCUGGAAGAUGUCAGAAGUGCCAGACAGUCUGAUCCAGUAUUCGCUUCGUUAGCCGAAGGCUGUGAGGAGUUUCUGGCCCCAGUAAGAGCAGAAGUGUUGAUGCCAGAUGUGGAGACUCAGUACCAGCAAAGCAAAGCUUAUGUUGAAUUGAACAAACGUUUACAAGAGGAGCUUAGUGAGUUGGCAUCACAAUCUGAGGAGUUGAAGAAAGCAGGGGAACAGCUUGAUCGAAGUAUUUCUGAAAUUAAAGAUAAGAAUUUUCAAAACUAAACAAAUUGUAAAGAAUAGUUAGGACUACAUUCUAAUUGAUGGAAGUUAAGAAAGCAGCCAUUUCAAUUGGACGUCAUUCAAAGUUUGAGUAUGACUUUUCCCUUUGGUUUUGUGAAACGGAUGAAGAGGUGGCCUUAGACAUUUCGAAGAUACUGGAUCAAUAUGGCUACAAUGGAUUUGUGGAGCAUCGGGAUCAAGUGGCUGGAAGACUGAUGGUAAAAGAAGUAACUAAUGUUAUCCAGCAAAGUAAAGUCACCAUCAUUAUCUUGUCGCAAAGUUCUCUGGACAGCGCUUGGUGUCGCAGAGUCACUGAGUGGAACUUGCAGCAUUAUAUUGAGAAGGGAAGCAAGGUUCUCCCAGUUUAUGUUAAUUUAGAGGCAAAGCAAUUUCCAUCAGUUUUAAGACACAUUAAUGGGCUUCAUUAUAACUCCAUGUUCUUUCAUAAAAGAUUGUUGGAUAGCUUAAAACCAAGAAAGAAAUCAAUGAUGCAAAUGAAAGUUCGUGUGGCACAAGGCAAAUAAAUACAAUUGGAGUAUGUCAGUGUCAUGUUGUUACCUGUGAUUUUCAUGUAUGAGUAAUAAAUGGUACUGUUUCAAA